AUGUCAGACUCUGUUGCUGAAGAGAUCAAGAAGAAGAUUCUUAGAGAAAGAAACAUCAUCACUGGUGCCUCAAAUUUGAAGAAAAAGACAUCUAAUGCGGCUGUGAUUCAAAAAUGUAAUACCAAUAUUCAAGAAGCUCAACAAAACAUUGAUUAUUUGAAUGAAACUUUAAAUCAAUUGAAAUUCCAGGAUGAACAUUCUGAACAUUCUAUUGGUCAAAAUACGUCAGAUGAACAAACCCUGAAUGAUCAAAGUGGUAAUAAUGGGGUGAAGAAAACUACAGAUGCUGGUAAUUAUUCACGUUUAGAUUUAAUUAAAUAUGAUUGUCCAUCUUUAGGUCAACGUAUCCAGUAUAUGAUCAAUCAACUUAACACAAAACUAAAAGUUGAACAAAAAUAUUAUGAAGCUAAUGAAAAAUUAUCAAAAAUUUAUCAACUUGAUGGUGAUCGCAGAAUUAGUUCUGUUGCAGAAGAUGGAAGAGUUCAAAGUAAUCACAAAAUUCAAUUAUUGAAAAAAUCGUUGAAACGUUAUGAAGAUAUACAUGUGAAUUUGGAUCAACUGAAUGAAGAAACUGACCCUAUGAAUAAUGUGAAAUUUAGAAGAAAACCUUUAGGUGGUACUUUAACUAUUGGAAUUAGCUCUAUUAGAGAUGUUGACCACAUUGCAUCACCAAUGUUUUCAAGAAAGACCGAAUCAUAUAUUUCAAUCAAAGUUGAUGAUGAUGAAAAAGCCAAAACUAAAGGAAGUCGUAACGACAGAUGGAGUGAAGAAUUCAAUAUACAUGUGGACAAGGGUAAUGAAGUUGAAAUAACUGUUUAUGAUAAAAUAGGUAACCAACAUGUACCAGUCGCCAUGGCUUGGUUCUUAGUGUCUGAUAUUGCAGAAGAAAUUCGUAAAAAGAAGGUUGGCCAAUCUGGAGUAGGUUGGGUUAGUGCUGCAAGAAUUCAAAACGGCAGAAAAAUACAAAAUCCAAAUGUAAAUAAUGAUAAUUUCACUUUGAAUGAGAGAGAAAACACUAGUAAUGGGGAUUCAAAAGAACCAAUUAGAAGUAGCUCUUGGUAUAUUCUUGAACCAUCUGGGCAAAUUCUGUUAACAAUAGGUUUUAGCAAAUCAACAACUCCAAACAAAAAAACAUUACUGGGUGGUUUACAUCGUCAUGGUGCUAUUAGAAAGAGGGAUGAAGAAGUUUAUGAACAACAUGGUCAUCAAUUUGUUCAAAAACAAUUUUAUUCUAUUAUGCGCUGUGCUUUGUGUGCUGAAUUUUUGCCUUAUAAUGGUUAUCAAUGUCAAGAUUGUAAAUUUUUAUGUCACAAGAAAUGUUAUCAAAAAGUCAUUACCAAAUGUAUAUCCAAAUCAAGCACGGAUAUUGAUCCAGAUGAACUGAAGUUGAAUCAUCGUAUUCCACAUAGAUUUGAACAUGUUUCCAAUCGUGGUACCAACUGGUGUUGUCAUUGUGGUAAUCUUUUGCCAUGGGGUAGAAAAAAUGUUCUUAAAUGUUGUGAAUGUGAUAUCAUGUGCCAUACAUCAUGCUCUCAUUUAGUUCCAGACUUUUGUGGUAUGUCUAUGGAAACUGCUAAUAAAAUUUUAAGUACCAUCAAAUCUACAGAGGGUAUUAGAAAGAAGCAACCAACUGCAAGUCUUUCAAGUGCUCGCUCAACUACAUCAACUACUGUUCACACUCUGAAUGAGAGACCAACCCCGACAUCAGUACAACCAUCAUACAUUCAACCACCACAAGAAGGAAAAGUUAAAUUACCAUCAUUACCACCAAGUGUCAGUUCACAAGUUACACCUGAAUAUGAUAUCGAUAAUGAACUACCAACACAAUCACUGAAUCAAAAGCAAGAGCAAGCAGUGCUAUCACCACAACGUCAAAGACGUCCACCUCCACCUGCUGAUGGUCAUUAUAGCAGACAGCCUUCUGCUCAAGAACAAGCAUCUUUAGCUGAUGAAGAAGAUCAGAAGAUUCAACAACAACUGCAACAACAACAUCAACUAAACCUGCAACUUCAAAAAGAAGCUGAAGCUCAUGAAGAACAAAGAAGACAAGUUGAAGAACAAAGAUAUUAUCAAGAGCAACAGCUAUACAUUGAACAACAACAACAGUUAGAAGAGAGAAGACGUCAAAUUCAAGAAGAACAAAGCUUGCGUCAACAACAAGAUCUUUAUAAUAGAAAAGAUGUUGCUGAUCAUUCAAAUAGACAAUCGUUGCAUUCACAGAUUUCAGCUAAGUUAGAUCCAAGACAAUCUCUGGAAUCUGAUAGAAGUCAUGACGGUCUUGCAACAGUUGAUACACAUGACAGUACACCUAGAACUGACAAAAGUCAGUCACUGUCUCAGAAAGAUAAACGUCAUCGUCAAAAAGUGGGUCUUGAUGAUUUUAAUUUCCUUGCAGUUUUGGGUAGGGGUAAUUUUGGUAAAGUUAUGCUCGCCAGAUCUUAUCGUAAUAAGAAUUUAUGUGCUGUUAAAGUUUUGAAGAAAGAUAUGAUUAUUGAAAAUGGGGAAAUUGCAUCAAUGAAUGCUGAAAAGGAAGUUUUUUUGGUUGCAAAUCAAGAACAACACCCAUUUUUGAUCAAUUUACAUUGUUGUUUCCAAACUGCCAAUCGUAUAUAUUUUGUUAUGGAAUACGUUCCAGGUGGUGAUUUAAUGUGGCAUGUUCAACAAGCUACAUUUUCACAAAGAAGAGCUAAAUUUUAUGCUGCGGAGGUCUUAUUGGCUUUAGAACAUUUGCACAAAUAUGACAUUAUUUAUCGUGAUUUGAAAUUAGAUAACAUUAUGUUGAGUACAGAUGGUCAUAUCAAGAUUGCAGAUUAUGGUUUAUGUAAACAUGAUAUGGGAUAUGGUAAAACUACCAACACAUUUUGUGGUACUCCAGAAUUUAUGGCACCAGAAAUUCUAAGAGAACAACACUACACUAGAGCAGUUGAUUGGUGGGCUUUUGGUGUCUUACUGUAUCAGAUGCUGUUAGGUAAAUCACCAUUCAGAGGUGAAGAUGAAGAUGAAGUUUUCAAUGCCAUUUUGACAGAUGAACCAUUAUUCCCAAUCCAAAUGGCUAGUGAGGCUGUUGGUUUGUUAGAGUCAUUGUUAAAUAAGGAUCCCGUUAAACGUUUAGGUUCUGGUCCAACAGAAGCUCAAGAAAUUAAAGAGCAUGCUUACUUCCGUAACAUCAAUUUUGAUGAUAUUUUACAUUUAAGGGUUCCACCACCUUACGUCCCAGAAGUUAAAGCUGAAGAUGAUGUUUCAUUUUUUGAUAAAGAUUUUACAACUGAAGUUCCAAGGUUGACACCAGUUAACUCUGUUUUAGAUAGUUCUACUCAAGCACAAUUCCGUGGUUUCUCAUAUGUUUCAGAUGCUUCAGGAUUAGUACCAAAAUGA